GAGGGGUUUGGACAGGUGGCAAUGGUACAGCUAGAUCUGGCUAAGGCGUUCGACAGGGUAAAUCACUCAUUCCUGUUUACUGUACUAGAGCAUAUAAAGAUCGGGUCCCUGCUCCUUAGAGGUGUCAGGAUAUGUUAUGCUAAUGGUUCAACGAGGCUGAUAGUGAAUGGCUCUCUCUCCGAUUCGAUUAGGCUUGCAUCAUCAGUACGACAAGGAUGCCCUUUGUCACCGCUCCUGUUCUGCUUGUAUUUAGAACCACUUUGUAUGAGCAUUGUUAAAGAACAAAAUUUCCAAGGGUUUAAAUUACUGACUAAUGAGGUUCGGGUUCUUGCGUAUGCAGACGACGUGGCCUUUUUUUUUUUGUACAGAUAAAGAGAGUGUGAAGACUGCUGUUGCAAUUACAGAAGAAUUUUGUGCGGCUUCGGGUGCAAGCGUUAAUUUUGAAAAAAGUUCGGGUUUUUGGUUUGGAUUAUGGGCCACAAUGCCAUCACAUUACGCAGGCAUUCAAUGGAAAGACGAUCUGCGCUAUUUAGGUGUGCCUCUCUCACAGUAUAGAAAUAGCAAUGCUCAUUGGUCGGGAAAAGUUGGCAAAAUUCAACGUAAAGUGAAUUCAUGGCGAGGGCGGAAUUUGUCAAUGUUCUUUCGUGCUGAAGUGUGUAACGUUUUCUUAGCUUCCCGUCUUAUGUAUGUGCUGCAAGUACUGCCCUGCUCACGACUUCGCCUUCAGGCACUGCAUCGCGUAUUUGCAACAUUUAUUUGGAGUUCCAGUUGUGAAUCGAUGCGGCGAGACAAUCUGUUCCUCCCUCUUGAACGUGGCGGUCUAGGAUUAGUCCACCUCUUCAUCAGGCAAAUUGUUUCACGCCUGUUUUUCUUUCGAGACAAUGACCAUCCAUUCUUGCGUGAAAUGUUGCAACUCUGUUUAGUUCAUUAUAUUCCUAAUAUAGUAGUGUCAUCAAGUGCCAAAGAUGUCCCACAGGCUCCUUGGGGCUUUCUUAAGGAGGUUGUUGACACAUUUCUUUUCUUGAAGGUUAGAUUCAGCCUGGAGUACGUGUUCACUGCGAGUCGAAAAGCAAUUUCUGCGGCACUGGUGGACUCUAUUUUCCCAGAUCCUUUGUAUCGUGCACCUUAUUUAAGCCGACCUUAUCAGGAUGUACUUAAGCGCGUCCGAAAAAUGUGUGUACCUCCUGGAGUAAAAACAUUUUUCUUUAAAUUACAUUCGGAAACACUCCCUGUUAAAACUUGGUUGAAUUCGAGGGGUUGCUUUGUGCCGUGGUCAACAAACUGUCGGCUCUGUCCACGCGCCGAAACCAUAGAUCACUGCUUCAUAGACUGUAGGGACGCUGUAUUCUUUUGGGACAUUCUCCAACGAACGCUUAAAAAGGACAUCGACAUGACUCCAUAUACAAUUAGGUUUCUACCGUUUAAGGUUACGGGUGGUCCUCCCUAUGACAUGUUCAUAGUACUUGGUUUACAUAGCCUAUGGAGAAGUAGACUGUGUGACCGCCAUGCCGAAAGCCUGCGAUCUACAAAGUCCUUCUUUCGCGAAAGUGCUGCUCAUGUAAGAAGUGUCUACGCUGCACAGGAACCUCCGCCAGACUGGAUGCACUUGUUGGAUGCAUGUGUCUGUUUGCCUGAGUGUUAA